AUGAGGGUUAUUCGUUUUGCAGCCGUUUUCCUUUUCAUUGCUUCACAGUCCUAUAUCCAUUCUGUGGUCUCAGUCGGUUUGUUUGAACCUAGAAGAGACAAUGCGCUUUUGAGUAAGCGAUUCCUCCCUCAAGCAGAACAAAAAAAACCCGACAAAAGAACUCCUUUGUUUGAUCCACAAGCGGAAAAUCCUGAGCCAGGUAAAGCUUUGAACACUAAGAGAUUGGCCUCCCAAGCAGAAGCAGAAAAACCAGAAAAGGAGGCCCUUUUGGACAACCUAUUUGAUCCACAAGCCGAGAAGCCCAAGGAGAAGAAGAAGAAGAAGAUGGGCCUAAGGAGUCAUCGAUUGACUGCUCGAUCAGAACAUGCAUAUGCUGACAAAAUGCCACCUCCGGAAAACAUGCUUGAUUCACAAGUCCAUCAGGACCAAGAUGCUUGUAUGUGGCGGUGUCAGGAAUGGUGUCGACAGCGAUGCCAAUCAUCUGACAACGAAGAAUGCCUCGAUGGUUGCCUUAACGUCCGUGGCCACAGGUGGAGGAGAUGUAUUAAUAGAUGCAAGAGAGGAGACAUGGAUCGGCCUGGAGGAGACAAUGAGGAAGAGGAAGAGGAAGAGGAAGAGGAGGAAUAUAUGAGUAUGGAUAUGGGCUAUUAA